UAGUUUUGUGCAAAAACUGAAUUAAUAUCUAUAAAUUCUGUAAACACUCAGUGCCUCUCCUCCCACUCUGGCAACAUGUGGAGCUGGGGCUAGAGCCACCAUUCAGUAACAGAAAAAAGGCGCCAAAACCAUUAAACCAUUGCUUAAAUCGUUCAAACUGAAGAGAGAGCUUACCUCCAAAGAGCAAUCCUCCUGCUGGAAGCAUUCAAAGCAAUGAAGAUGUGGACCGAGGCCAAUGUAAAUUCAGCGAUGGGUCUUCAAGCAACAGCCGCCACAAAGCGGAAGCAUGAGCUGACCUUUGACAGCAAGGAUGCCAACACCACCUACACGGGCAACUGUGCCCCGCCCCCCCACAAGGCCAACAAAUGGGCCAUAAGCAACAACAACUACCUGGAAUCGCUGGAAGAGGAGCAGCAGCAGCAGCAGCAGCAGCAGCAGGGAGAGACGACUGUGGUGGAGUCGAACAACAAUCACAUCAUCAUUGUCGACGCCGAGUCCAAGCUGGAGAGCAGCAGCGGCAGCGGCAGCAUCUCCCUCGCGAAUGGUAGCGAAGUUACUAGCGUAAAGAGCCAGUCGGAGGUGCCACUGCCACCGACGGCGAGUGCCGCCAUCCCGGAGGACAACAUCGCCAAGCUGGAGGUGGUGGCCGCCGUGCCCUGUGAGCCCUGGAGCGGUGCGUCCUCGGUGUCCGUCAGCAGCAGCAGCAGCAGCAGCAGUCCACCGUCUGUGAUUGGUGGCGGGGCCGAGGAUUGCAUCUCCAAGCUGCAGGCUGUGGCCGUGCCCAGCGAUCCGUGGGGCAGCAUUGCCACACGCUCCACGCUGGCCACGACGCUCCUCAGCGCCGAUGAGCUGGACGAUGACGAUGAUGACUUCGAGGAUGAUUACGAGGAGGAGGAGAGCAUCAUACCCACCUACUGCCCCAUGCGGUAUCAUCCGUUUGUGCCGCUGCCACAUCCGCAUCCGCACCAGCUGCCAGCCGCCCAUCCCCAUCCCCAUCCCCUCCAGCAUCAGCAGCAGCAGCAGCAAGUGGCAGUGGUGCAACAGCAGCAGCAGCACCAACAGGCGGUGGUGCAACAGCAGCAGCAGCAGCAGCAGCAGCAGCAGAGGAGCAGCUACGCCCCCGGAUAUGGCAGCCGGCAGCCCAACUACUACUCGGAGCCCUUCCCACAGCAGAAUUGCUCACGGACCGGAGGCCCCCAGCACAUGACGCAGCCCACGCCCCAACAGGCGCAGCAGCAGCAGCCCCAGCAGCCUCGAGGAUUCGCCCCACCCCAGUGGACCACAGGAUCGGCCGCGCCCACCUCGCCCUCGGGUCAGCAGUUCUACGAGAGCGCGAGUCCCAGUGGAGCGGCACCCGCCUAUCCCCAGCAGCAGCAGCAGCAGCAGCAGCCAGCGGCGCCCCAGCAGACGAUCCGCUGUGCGGAGAACGGCAAAUCCUACCUGGACCUGGGCUGCAGCAGUGCGGCUGGCGCAGCGGUGGCCAGCAGUCCGUCGGCAGCCGCCUCGCCCAUCAGUCCGCCUCCAUCCACGGCGCCAGUGGCUCCGUUUGCGGGUCUGCCCGGUCUGCCCGGUCUGCAUGGUCUGCCCCUGAAGCGGUGCUGCGACGGUCGCGCCGGCGGCUGGUGCAGCGCCAACAGGAGCUGCUACAAGGACACUCGCCUGAAGAUACGCAAUCUGUCGAUGUUCAAGCUCUCCCGCUUCCGGCAGGUGUCGGAGCAGUCGCUCUACCGCUCGGUGCUCAUCUGCAACACCCUGAAGCGCAUCGAUCGCGAGAUCGAGGCGGAGGCCAAGGAGCUGCAUCAGGCGGCGCAGCAGCACCACCAGCAGGCGGCGGCGGCAGCAGCAGCCGCAGCAGCAGCAGCGGCCCAAGCGGCGCAAUAUCAUCCGGCCUAUCAGCAGCAGCAGCAGCAGCAGCAGCAGCAGCAGCAAUCCCCGCCAGCGUCGCAACUUCAUCCGCAUCCGCAUCCACAUGCCCAGCAGCAGCAGCAGCAGCAGCAGCAGUUGGAGUACGCCCCAGUGCUGAACUGUGCGCGUUUGGCCAACAUGGAUCACUACCAGCAGCUGGGUUUCCAGCCGCAGCAGCAGCCGCAGCAGCAGCAGCAGCAGCAGCAGCAGCUCGGUGGCUACCACGAGAGACUGGAGCCACAGCCAGCGGCGGGCUACAGGGGCGCAGGAGGAGUUGUGGGAGUGUCGGGAUUCCAGGGGCAAGCCAACAACUGUGAUACGUCAGCGAGCAGCAGCCAAGCUGCAGGGGCGGCAGCUGGGGCAGCGGCAGCGGGAGGUGCAGCAGCAGCAGCAACGAGCGGGAGCAGUCUUCAUCCCUACGAUCAUUAUCCCUUUCGGGAGUCGCAAUCCGGACGUGCCACACCGUUUCCCGCCUGCCCCACAACCUCCUCCGCAGCAGCAGCAGCAGCAGCAACCGCGGGAGCAACAUCCGCAGCAGCAGCAGCAGCAGCCGCAGAUUCCAGCCUCAGCCUGCCAGCAGCAAACAGUGGCGGUGGCAGUGCCACCAGCAGUGGCAGCACUUCGCCCAGCAGCAGCAACAGCAGCAGCGGCAACAGCAACAACAGCAGUGGGAGCAACACAGUGAGUCCUGGCAGCAGCGACACCAGCGAUUCGGGCUAUGCGGAUGACGACUCGACGCGUUCCAUCAACUGGAGCUCGGUGCUCAGCCUGAGCUCCCAGUCCGCGCUGGACCCGCUGAACAACAACGAUCUGUUCAACAUUCUGCCAGCGGCAGCCACGCCCACAGCAGUGCCUGUGUCGGUGGCAGCAGCCGCCUCCAGCACCGCCUCCACGCUGGCCUUCAGUGGCAGCUUCACCACGGUGCAGCAGCGGAGCAGCAGCAGCUCGAGCAGCAGCGCCUCAUCCACGACAGCGACCUUCACCACCCUGUCGACCAUCUCCUCGGCCACCCACUCGCUGACGUCGUCGUAUGUGAGCAGCAUCAGCUCGGGCGUCAGUGCGGGCGCCAGUACGUGGGAGUACGGAUUCCUGGACAUGGAGUUCGGCCUCGGGUCGGAGUUCACGGAGCUGGUGCCCAGCUGCAAGCUCUCCUCGGACGAGCUCUUCAAGAGCGGCCUCAGCGGACCGGUGGCCAGUGCGCGACUGCACCACGACAACGAGCUGGAGCAGCCCGCCCACAUUAUGGUCGGCAGUUAGUAUCAGUUGUAGACGACGACGACGACGACGACGACGACGACA